AUGAACCAAGACAACCUUUGCACCAUUAAAAAACAAAAACCCAAACAACCAACAAAAGUUGUUUGGAGUUUAGAAACCAGUCACUGUCAAAUAAAAGUCUUAUUGUUGCUAAAAUGAUCUGAAAUGGGUAAACUAGCAAUAGCAACAGCAACAGCAACAGCAACAGCUUCAAUGGAGAAACAAGUAAUCAAGCUGGGUUGCAGAGUGCUAUUGUUUCCUUAUCCAUAUGUUGGGCACACAACACCGAUGUUCAAUUUAGGAAACGCCCUUUACUCAAAGGGGUUUUCCAUCACCGUUAUCCAAACUCGUCUCAAUUCAUCAGAUCAAACUACAUUUCCCAACUUCACUUUCCACUAUAUUGAAGAAGCACUGUGGAGUCAAGAAGCUCUCGCUUCCGUACCGGAUCCUUGGGAGGCUGUAACUUUACUAAAUAAGAGUUUUCCGUUGCCUUUUCGGGAUUCCUUGUCCCAGAUUUUGGAGGACGCUUCCAAGGACAUUGAGCCAGUUGCCUGUUUGAUAUCAGAUCCACUGUGGGAUUUUGCAGGAACAAUUGCUGAUGAAUUGAACCUCCCAAGGCUUGCACUAAGAACUGGUGGCCUGUUGGCUUUUGUUCUGUAUGAUUCAGUGCCACUUUUACGGCAAAAGGGCUACUACCCCAUCCAAGAGAGUGAACAAGAAGAAGCAGUAUCGGAGAUUCCACCACUGAAAGUGAAAGACCUUCCACCAGAGGCCAUUCAUGAUACACUUGCUGUCGUGGUUAAAGAAGCCAAGACUUAUCGUCUUGGAUACAUUUGUAAUACAUUCAAGGAACUUGAAGGGUCUUUUUUAGAUCUAUUUGGUAGAAGUCUUCCUGGUACUCCUAUAUUUCCAAUAGGCCCACUGCACAAGUACCCUUCAACUUAUAUGGGCGAAAAACUUGAUGAAGAACACAGCUCCAUCACCUGGCUAAACACCCAAGCACCAAAUUCUGUACUGUAUGUGAGCUUUGGGACAAUUGCAGCUAUAAGCAAGGAACAGUUUUUAGAGGUAGCUUGGGGUCUUGCCAAAAGCCAACAGCCCUUCUUAUGGGUGGUUCGACCUAAGAUGAUUAAUGGCUUGGUUAAGGAUGAUAAUGAUAUAUUCCCCAACGGUUUCCUGGAGACCGUGAGUGGGAGAGGCUAUACUGUAACAUGGGCACCACAACUAGAGGUUUUGGCACAUCCAAGUGUUGGAGGAUUCUGGACACACUGUGGCUGGAACUCAACAAUUGAAAGCAUUUGCCAAGGGGUCCCCAUGAUCUGCCUUCCAUUUUUUGGGGAUCAGAAGAUGAAUGCCAGACAUGUAAGUGAUAUCUUGAGGAUCGGACUGCACUUGGAAAAGGGGAUUGAGAGACAGAAUAUAGAGCGCGCUAUCAGAAGACUGAUGUUGGGAAAAGAAGGUGAAGAGAUGAGAGAAAGGGUAGCAGCUUUGAAGGAGGAAGCACAAAGUUGUCUCAUGGAAGGAGGAUCAUCAUUUAAAGCACUAGAUCAGCUGACUAAUCAUAUUUUAUCCUUUUGUUCUGCUGAAAUUCCUAAAAAACAUAGGAGAUGAAAUUCAAGUAAAUCAUAUUUAUUUGAGUUACAAGAGACUCAAGGAGAUAAAACGGGGGCCUUUAGCUUUCCCCCCCCUUUUUUUUUUCGAAUCUAUAAUGUGUUCCAAAGUAUUAAACAUUCAAGGCUGUAGCUUGGACUCAA